AUGAGCAGUGUGACGGUAGACUGUCUCUCUCUACCAGAGCCAGGGAGGUACAUACACCCGAAUGAAGGGAGAGGCUUCCUCCCUUCAACGAACAUUCAGCUGUCUCUGCAGCAGGUGCUGCGUAAUAGAGAUGCAGCUCUCAACAACGACAGCAACAGCAGCAGCGAACAGCAGCAGCAGCAGCAGCAGCACCAGUUGCUGGGUGUGGGGCGCCCGCUGCGGUUUGAGUGUCUGUCUCCUGAGUUAAAGGAGAAGGUAAAAGCAGGAAAAGAUAUUAUUUGGACUACUGACCUCGAUGUUGAACUCCCAAUCAAAAUGGCUGAGAGCGGCCCUGCUGCGAUCCCUCCGCAGACCUUAGUGGAGUUUUUCGCUGACUGCGUGCGGCGGUUUGGGUCUGAGCCCGCGCUGCUGUUUGAACCGCAUUUCGACAACAGCAGCAACAGCAGCAGCAGCAGCAGCGGCAGCGGCAGCGGCAGCGGCAGCGCCGAGGAAGCAGAUGACGGGGGUACUCAGUACGUAGAGUAUUUUACGAAAGAUACACUGGAAAAUGCAAAGAAAAUGAUUGCUGUUAGAGAACGUCAGCUGCAGCAGCAGCAGCAGCAGCAGCAGCAGCAGCCACCGCUACUACCUGGGGGUAGUAGAGUGCUGCAGCAAAUAGUAGUAUAUAGAGAUCGUGUACCGUCGGCCUGGAAGGAUUUAUAUAAAGGAGUAGUAAUAGAUUAUCAUACGUUUAUAGGUAUGGGUGAGAAGGUUAAAGAGAGAGAUUUAUCAAAUGCUAUUGAGAGACAGAAGCCUGGUUGCUGCUGCUGCAUUGUUUAUACAAGCGGUACGACAGGAAAACCUAAAGGUGUAAUGCUUUCUCAUGAUAAUAUAACUUGGACAGCAUCUCUGAUGGCUCAGAUAGUCUCAUUAUCAAAUAAAGAUAGAAUUAUUUCCUUCUUACCUUUAUCUCAUAUAGCAGCACAAGUCGUAGACCUUGUUGCACCUCUUAUCAUGGGGUCUACUGUAUACUUUGCUCGGCCUGAUGCAUUACGAGGCACUCUACUUUAUACUCUUUUAAGAGUUAAACCUACAUGGUUCUUAGGUGUACCGAGAGUGUGGGAGAAGAUUGAACAGCGUUUGAAGGAGGUAGGAAGCCGAAGCAGCAGCAUAAGACGUCAUCUUGCUGCUGCAGCAAAAGAUAUUGGUUUCAAGGGUGCAACAGCUCUACUUAAAGGCGAGAAACCUUCUCUUCUCUUUCAUCCUGUUAAUAAGCUGCUGCUGCAGCAAGUGCGCAAGGCUAUUGGCUUCGAUUGCUGCACUGCUUGGGGUAGCUGUGCUGCUCCUAUCGACCCCGAAACACAGAAGUACUUCUUGUCCUUAGGUAUGCCUAUCAACUCUCUCUACGGUUUAAGCGAAAGUACAGGGCCUCAGACGUUUGUAGCUCCUUCACCUGGCUGGUAA